AUGGGAAAAUUCUUUGGUACUGGUGUUAUUUUAGCUACUGCAUUUGUUCACAUGUUACCAGAUGCUUUAGAUAACUUUGCUAGUCCAUGUUUGAGUGAAGGAUGGCAAAGUUAUGGUGCCUUUGGUGGUGUAUUUUGUAUGAUUUCUUCAUUUGCACUUCAAUUGUUAGAGCUAGCAGCUGUUAAUAAUAUUGAAAAGAUCCGAGCUAAAAGGGCAAAUGAGAAUGCGUCAUUAGAUAUUGAAAAGACACAUAAAAGUGCAUCUUUGGAUAGCAGAUCUACUGACCUGACAGCAAAAGAUUUACCUAUUGAUCAGUCUACAUGCGAUGAACAUCCUCACGAUCACGUUCAUAGUGCAGGAUUAUUUGAAGAUGAAGAAGCUUUUAAACAUAUUGGUACAAUUAUAUUAGAACUUGGUAUAGUCAUGCAUUCCAUUAUUAUUGGUAUUACUUUGUCAAACACGGAUAGUGAUGAUUUUAUUACUCUUUUAAUUGCACUUGUUUUCCAUCAGUUCUUUGAAGGUGUUGCGUUGGGUACACGUAUUAAUGAUAUGAAUAUUAAAGGUUGGAAACGACCUGCAUUAAUGGGAUUAUUAUUUAUUUUAAUGACACCUAUUGGUUGUGCUAUCGGAAUUGGCAUUCAUUCUUCUUUUAACCCUAAUUCUUCUUCAGCUAUUCUCUCGAGCGCUAUUCUUGAUUCACUUUCUGCUGGUAUCUUGCUUUACAAUGCCUAUAUUUCAUUAAUGGGCCAAGAAAUUAAUCAUAAUACUGAAUUCCGUAAAGCUUCCUUCUCUCGACAAUUUACUUGUUUCAUUUCUAUGUAUUGCGGAGCUGCUUUGAUGUCGUUGAUAGGCAAAUGGGCAUAA